AUGAUGCGCCGGAAAGAAGUAUAUACCAACAUCACACCCAUCCCCUCCUGUGUGCCCCGCCAACUGGCCCUCGACAUCCUCCACAGCCACAGCGAGAUAAUCACACUAAACCCACUGCCCCCCCGCAACGCUGUUGCAGAUGAAUAUUACUCCACGUGGUAUGAGAUCACCGAACGAGUCCAAUAUGUCCCCGGCCUGGGCAGGAUGGGCUCCGGCAAAAUCAGCUUCAAAGGCUGCUUCAACAAUGUCUCCUGGGGACUGCAGACUCACAUGUAUGCACCCAUGGGUAUCGAUCUCCAAAGCAAGUGGCGCAUAGGAGGAAACCAGCCCGACGAGCCUCCCGAGUCAUGGGAGCGUCGCUCCGACGGCGCCCCGCAGAACGGACUCUAUCUGCGCGAGGAUAUUGAGAUCGAGUGUAACCGUACGCUGAUAUCGUUUGUCAAGGGUCAGCUGAAGGCUGCGUCGAAGGUGCUGGUCGAUCGUCUGAUUAAGAAGGCCGAGCUGCUUGAUGCAGGGAUCUUGGAGGCGAUGAUGGAAGAUGGGAAGUUGAAGACGUAUAACCCGGCCGAUCGAAGCAGACAGCCGUUGCGACCUUCGUACUCGACACGGUCGCGGAGAUACUCGGAUCAGAUGUCUUCGGCUUCGUCGUACUAUGAGCCUAGAUCGCCGACGGAUUCGGUGCCUACUGGGUCGCAGAGAUACUCGUUGCCGCCGAAAUAUUCACCAGAGACCGGAAAAACUAUGGCUUUCGAAUUGCCCGCUGAUUUCUACCAUCCAAAGCCGGGCCCUGAUCCUGGGAACGUCCAGGAGCUGCCUGGCUCAACGAGCAAUAUGUACUCGAAGCCUACAUCGCCGAACAUGAACUACUCUGAAUUGCCUGUCACUGCAGAAGUUCCAGAGGAGAAUCAGAGAGAGGACCUGCGAUAUAGACCCUACAGGCCCGUGGGCUAA